CAGUUUGUUUAGGGAUGAAGAGUGUGCUGUUGUAGAUGUUGACGAGGUUCACGGGGGUUGGAUUUUUGCUGAAAGCCUCUGACCAGAAGAUGUUCUUUCUGUCACAAAGUCAGCCAUGUGGUUCUGUUUAGCCGUUGGCGAUCAUUUGUACCGAGGGAGAUAUUUUUUAUUAAGCUUUCUCUUAGUGUUGGUCCUGGUUUCGAUAGCCAUCUUCUCUGGUGAAACUUUGAAAAUCAUUCCGGUUUACCCUGCCACAAUGCAAACAAGAAAAGACAAUCUGAUGGAUCAACCUGACAACAGGACUUCAACACCUGAUCAGCUUUACAUUCCAACACAAAAAGGCGAAUGCCCAGUGGAGUCUCCAUUGCUGCAGGGACUCGUGAAGCCGUCCUUUGAGUCUUCUCUGACACUGAAGAAUGUAGAAAAUGAGAACAAAGGAGUGUCUGAUGGAGAGUAUGAGCCCUCGGGCUGUACAGCGCGGCAGAGCGUAGCUAUCAUCAUCCCACAUCGCAGGCGAGAAACCCACCUCAUCUACUUCCUGUAUCACCUGCACCCAUUUCUACAGAGACAGCAACUACACUAUGCCAUUUAUGUCGUCAACCAGGCUGGCGAUGCAACUUUUAAUCGAGCCAAGCUCAUGAAUGUAGGGUAUUUGGAGGCGCUGAAGGACCACAGUUGGGACUGCUUCAUCUUCCAUGAUGUGGACCUGAUUCCUGAAAAUGACAAGAAUGUAUAUAUCUGCGACGACAAUCGGCCCAAACACCUGAUAUUUGGCAAGAAUAGCACAGGAUACCAGCUGCCUUACCCAACCAACUUUGGUGGAGUUACCGCUUUGACCAGAGAACAGUUUCAAAAAGUGAAUGGUUUUCCAAACAUUUACUGGGGUUGGGGUGGGGAAGAUGAUGACCUUUACACAAGGGUUCGGCUGCAGAAAAUGAAGAUUGUGCGGCCGCCCGCUAAUGUAGCCCGCUAUACCAUGAUGUUUCACAAGCGAGACUCUGGCAAUAAGAAAAACCCAAAUAGGGCGUGGCUCAUGCAAAAAACACAUUCUCUGAUGAAAACGGAUGGAAUCAACAGCUGCUCAUAUACAACUCUGUCAGUUGAAAGAUUGCUGCUUUAUGUAAAUGUUACUGUGGACAUCGGGAAGCCGCAGAGCUGACCUCUCAAUACAAAACCCUUUUAUUGACCAGAACAAAUUUAUAUAUUUUAUGAAGUCCAAGCCUUUGAGUGCUCAAAAAAGCUGUCACAAUCUGAUAUAUAAAACCCACACAAUGCACAUUGUCUUUAUUUAGGUCUUCAAGGUUAAAUCUGAAAUACAACAUUUUAUGUCACUUCCACUUCUGGUUUCCAGCUUCAAGGGAAAAUGUUUAUACUGUGGGUACGGAAAGUAUUCAGACCCCUUUAAAUUCCUCCCUCUCUGUUUCAUUGCAGCCAUUUGCUAAAAUCAAAAAAGUUAAUUUUAUUUCUCAUUAAUGCAGACUCAGAACCCCAUCUUUACAGAAAAAAACAGAAAUGUAGAAAUUUCUUACGAGUGUCUCAUUUGCCUGAAAUAUUGACCAUAAACGGCAUCAAUCAGUAAUCGGCUGCACUGUCUAAAAAUGCACAUUGGCCAUAGAAAAAAUAUUUCGGUCAACCUUCAAUAAUGACCAAGAAAGGUUAUUCAGUACACAAACUGAACAAUUAUUGUGAUCAAUUUGUCAUUGAAAGUAGUGAGUUGUUGGGAUGAAGAGUUUAGGAUCACUUGGCAAACAUGCAAAGUCUUAGUCUUAAUCAUGUUUACAUUAGUAUGGGAUGAUCUUUUAUGUUUUGAUAUUCGUGGAAGACCAAACUGGUGGGUUAUCUUCCUCUCGGCCCACCAUAUUGGCUUGUUUCUUCCACAGAAGAGACAAAUGAAACGCUUGUUCAGUUGGGGCGCCUUGAACAGUUUCAGUAGUCAGAGAAGUUUCUCCUGCAUGACUGGAGGUGGAAGAUGCAUCAGGUGGUUAAGAGAUGGGAUAUGGCAAAACAAUGAUGGAAGAGCAACAGGCUGGGAGACAUGCUACGGGAAGAGGGAAAUAGUGGAUUUCCUUUUGUAACAGGGUUUUUCCUCUAAAGAACAUCUAUAAUAAAUGCUACAUUUUUCCAGGAUCUGUCUUGUGACUGCAUGUGGUAUUGUUCUGCUUCUUCAACAAUAUCAUCAGGAAAUUAAUACAUUAUCUGCCUCAGUCAACACUGACAGCAAUCAUCUAUGCCAGUAUAAAUCUGUAUCUUAUUCUAAACUGUAUCUCUGCUUUAGUCCUGCUAUUCACUUAAAUCGCUUAAGUACUCAUCAGUUAUAAAUGGUGAAGAGGCUCAACCACACCAAGCGGGC